AUGUGGGCGCUCGGACGGCGCGCAGUCGCGGGCCUGCUGCCCCGGACGGCGUCCCGGGCCUUGGUCUCCGUCUGGAUCCCGUGCUGGAGGGAGCCUAUCGGAGCGUGCGGCCACCGAGGCCUGCAGGUCACGAUCAGCUUGGCCUCCGCCAUCCGCCACUCAAAUUUGAACCUCCACUACCUCAAUAAGAUUCUGAACAUCAAAAAGCAGAGUGUCCGCAUGGUGCAUUUGAGGAACUCGGGAACUUUGAACAAUCCAAGCUCUCUAGACGAGACAGCUUAUGAAAGACUUGCAGAGGAGACGCUGGACGCCCUGGCAGAGUUCUUUGAAGACCUUGCAGACAAGCCCUGUACCCUGGAGGACUAUGACGUCUCUUUUGGGGGCGGCGUGCGAACCAUUAAACUGGGCGGGGAUCUAGGGACCUACGUGAUCAACAAGCAGACCCCAAACAAGCAAAUCUGGUUAUCUUCUCCCUCCAGUGGCCCUAAGCGCUAUGACUGGACUGGGAAGAACUUGGUGUACUCCCAUGACGGCAUGUCCCUGCAUGAGCUGCUGGCCAGAGAGCUGACUGAAGCCUUAAAUACCAAACUGGACUUGUCUUCCUUGGCCUAUUCUGGAAAAGGCACUUGA